UAUAUAAAUCAUUAUUACAAUAUUCUAAAUAAAAUAGUUGCAAUGUCAAGGGUAGUAAAUCAGUCGAAGAUUUCACCAGGUUUUUGAGAGCACAAAUUAUAGCACUGUAGCCACCUUUUAAAAAGAAAUAAUCGGACAAAUGUAAAUUCACGCGUUAGUCGAUCAUGGUCUUUGACCCUGAAUCUAACCUAUACACGUGUUGCAUCGUGUGAUAAAAAACACGAUUUUGGCACUAAACUAUCUUCCUUUUUUCGUUGCCAAAAAUUGAAUUGUGUCACUGUUAAAUUUGUUAAUAAAAAUUGAAAAUUCUCUUACCGACGAAUAUCAAGAUAUAUAAAUAAAUGAAACAAUCAAGUUUUGAAAAACAAUAAAUAUGAAGAAUGACGAGGAUAAAUUGUUGGACGAAGAACAAUGGAAACUAGAAGCACAGGCUGUCAUUAAUGAUAUCAAGGAUCACGUGAUUGACGUAAAAAUAUCCGACAGAUUGUGCAAUACUAAUCAAGUUAUCUAUCUAAAUUUAACAACGCUGGAAAACUUAACGUUUUGCAUCGAAUUAUCCAGUGCAGGUUUUACCAUCGUUGGAAACAAAUAUGACGAUUCUACAAAUAAGGGAAAUGAAUAUUUUGAAACAUUUUACAGUUUAUUGAAUUCAAUUAGUUUACGAUAUAGAAAUUCAUUUGGCAAUUUGUUGUUAGAAAAAUUGGAAAAAUUGGAAAAAUUAAGUUGAGAGUGUGACGCAGGAUAUAUUUUAAAGAACGUAUUCAUUUAUGUUACGUAAAUAGUUGCGUUUUACCUUCUUAUAAAAUAAUAUAAUUAUAUGCUAGGAAUGUUACCUGACACGAUAUAAAAAGCUACUUCUAGAAAAAAAGUAUCGCGCAUGGACAUCUAAAAGAUAAA